GCCCGCCCGGAGGCACUCCCCUUCCGCCGUUAUAAAAGCCUUUGGUCGCGGCGCUUCUUCCUACACCUCGCGCCCCACUUCCCGGAGCCCGUCCAGUGCGGAGCCGCUUUCACCAUGGAGCAGCUGAGCACAGCAAACACCCAGUUCGCCUUGGACAUGUUCUGCACUCUGAAUGAGGACAGUCCUACCGGGAAUAUAUUUUUCUCUCCGCUCAGCAUUUCAUCAGCAUUGGCCAUGAUCCUUCUGGGGGCUCAAGGCACUACUGCAGCACAGGUGUCCAAGGCUUUUCAUUUUGAUACUGUUGAGGAAAUUCAUUCAAGAUUUCAGAGUCUGAAUGCUGAUAUCAACAAACGUGGAGCCUCCUAUAUUCUGAAACUUGCUAAUAGGCUAUAUGGAGACAAAAACUAUAAUUUCCUCCCUGAAUUCUUAGCUUCAACUCAGAAAAUGUAUGGUGCUGAACUGGCCAGUGUAGAUUUCCAGCAAGCCUCUGAAGAAGCCAGGAAAGUGAUUAAUGAGUGGGUCAAAGGGCAGACAGAAGGGAAAAUCCCGGAGCUGUUGGCUGCAGGUGUGGUUGACAGCAUGACCAAGCUGGUGCUGGUGAAUGCCAUCUAUUUCAAAGGGAACUGGGAGGAGGAGUUCAUUAAGGAAGCCACUGCCAAUAAGCCCUUCCGCUUGAAUAAGAAAGACACAAAAAUGGUGAAAAUGAUGUAUCAGAAGAAGAGAUUCCCAUAUGGCUACAUCGAGGACCUUAAGUGCCGCGUGCUGGAACUGCCUUACAGAGGCAAGGAGCUCAGCAUGGUUAUCCUGCUGCCGGAUGACAUUGAGGACGAGUCCACAGGUCUCACGAAGAUUGAGAAACAAUUGACUUUGGAAAAACUGCGUGAGUGGACUAAAGCUGAGAAUCUGGAUCGCAUUGAAGUCAAUGUCUCCUUGCCCAGGUUCAAGCUGGAAGAGAGCUACGACCUUAACUCCCACCUGUCCCGCCUGGGGGUAAAGGAUCUCUUUAGUGGCAGCAAGGCUGAUCUGUCUGGCAUGUCAGGAGCCAGAGAUCUUUUCAUAUCAAAAGUGGUCCACAAGUCCUUUGUGGAAGUGAAUGAGGAGGGCACAGAGGCAGCGGCUGCCACGGCGGGCGUCGCCACCUUUGCCAUGCUGAUGCCCGAGGUGGAAUUUGUUGCAGACCAUCCAUUCAUUUUCCUUAUUAAGCAUAAUCCCUCUGCUAACAUCCUGUUCAUGGGCAGACUGUCUUCCCCUUAGAGACUGUAAAUACAAGGUCAAGCCUAGAGUUUUAUAAUCUGCAUUUUUAAUGGUGACAAUUUUCAUGUAUCUUUACCAAUAAAACUACCAUCCCAAAACGGA